GUAUGUAUACAAUCAUUACUUCCGGUUGUAAUGGAUUCUUGAGCGCGAGCUUGAGUGGAAAAUGCAGAACAUUUGGGAAAAUUGAACGUCUGAACAAUAUAGAAUAAGCCUUCAAAAUGAUGGAAUUAAAUCUUACACGGGUGGACUACGUCCAGGUGGGUGUCACAUCCAGUAAAUCAUUACGACUCCUUCCUCCUCAGGUGCCUGGCAAACCACAGAGGAUUGUUGUGGGAGACCACAAUGGAGAGCUCCAGUGUCUGGGAAUGAAGAAAGGGGAACCAGUGCCAGUGUUCAAUGCCACCCUCAAAAAGAAGAUAACUAGAGUGGAGUUAGCGGGACCAGUAGGAGGAACAAGGGAAAGAAUCUUCGCAGCUUCAGGGUCAGAGAUCAAAGGGUUCACUAAGAAGGGGAAGAACUUCCUCACCUUUGACACUAGUCUGGCAGAACCAAUUCAGACAAUGUUCGUUGAGGGAGCUGAGCUGUUUACUUGUGGUAACUUUGUAUACAAUCAUUACCACGAUUGUAAGGAUGCCAACCACUUCCUGUCUGCCGACAGUAUUUGUGAUGUCAUAUGUAUACCGACCAAUAAAGUACCAGAGGUCACACCAGUGCUGGCUUGUCAGGACAGGGUGUUAAGGGUCUUGCAGGACUCUGAUCUACUCUAUGAAGUGGAGGUUCCUGGCCCCCCUGCAGUGAUGCAGCUCUAUGGAAAUGAUGGAGGGGAUGAAGGCGAUGAGAUUUUGUAUGGGACAUCGGAUGGGAGAGUCGGUCUUGUUCAGAUUGGAAGAAUGGCCCCCUCACAUCGUUGGGAAUUACCAAAUGAAAAACGCAGUGGAGGAGUUUUAGCCCUUGACAGUUAUGACAUCACAGCAGAUGGUGUCCUUGACCUAAUUGUUGGGAGAGAUGACGGACUGGUGGAAAUCUACAGCUAUGAUGAAUCUGAUGAACCCAUAUUUAGAUUUAAACAUCAAUUAAGUGAGAGUGUGACCGCUGUACAGGGUGGAGUAAUAGCCACACAAGGAUAUGACGAGAUCGUUUGCUCUACGUAUGCAGGUUGGGUGUUGGGUUUGACCUCAGAACAAAUGUCCAAAGGCCUCAGCUCCACUCCCGUAACCCCAGACAAUGCCGCCAAAGUCAAAAUCAGCGCCCUAAAAGGUGAACUUGAAGAACUACAGCAGAAAGUAAUGACAGAGCGAGAGAAGUACCAGCAAACAGCCACCAGUAAAACUGCAAUAUCGGCAGUACCUCACUUUGACAUUAACGAUAAAUUUGUACUGAAUCGUGAGGACGCCAGUUAUACCUUGAGUUUGGAACUACAGCUCCCGAUCGACAACGUUUUGCUACAGAGUGAUGUUCCAAUAGACCUUUUGGAUGUGGAGAAAAAUUCGGCUGUAGUCAGCUACAGUGCUUGUGUUCCAGAGGAAGGUAAUUUUCUGUUGGCGACCUAUCGCUGUCAGGCAAACACCACUCGUCUGGAGUUGAAGAUCCGCUCUAUUGAGGGACAAUACGGAACACUCCAGGCUUAUGUCACCCCCAGGGUGCAGCCCAAGACGUGUCAAGUCAAGCAGUACCAGAUCAAACCACUCUCCCUCCAUCAGAGGACCCAUGUUUUUGAUGACAACAGGCCAUUGAACACUAUUAAGUUAUCGGGUCCAUUCAGUUUGGCAGAGGUUCACUCUUGGGUCAACUUCUGUCUCCCCGAGUUACCGGAAAGAACGCCACCUGGUGAUUGUAUCACAUUUCAUUUUGUGUCAACAUUCCUGGACACUCAACUCGAGUGUGUGUACAGGACGGGAUUUGACGGUGGUAGUAAUGCCAAGGUCACCAAAAAAGGUGAAGCUAUAUUUAGAUCUGACAACAUCUCAACAAUUUCCAUUCUGAAGGACGUUUUGACGAAGGAAGCUACGAAAAAGAAAAUCAGCCUCAACAUUACCUAUGAAAUAAAUGAGGACUCUAUCCCCUACACCCUGAAUCUGAUUCACCCAAAACUGGAGUACCAACUUCUACUGGCCAAGAAGGUUCAGCUCAUCGAUGGUCUCAAGGAGCUCCAGGUUCAUGAGAAUGACACCAGUUUUAUGUCCCCGGAGUACAAACAGAUUUUGGAGGAUGCUGAGGAACUCCAGGCAGAAUUUAAAAGACAGCCAUGUCACCUUGAGAGACUCUAUGGAAUGAUCACCGAUUUGUACAUAGAUAAAUUCAAGUUCAAAGGUCAGAAUGUUAAAGGGCGAGUUCCAGCAUUAUUGGAGGUCCUAGAUAACUAUGAUUUACAAACUUUAGUGGAAUUUUUUGAAUCUGGAUGAGACUGAAAGGACUUUCAUUCAACAUGUGUCAAAGAUAUCGCCCAUCAGUGCUGCCAGUGAUGUUGUUCAUAACUAGUGGACAAACUGAUGUUACGUCCGUCCAUGCACUUGUCCAUUGUGAAAUGUUUUGAUAUGUGUCUUUGAUAAACUUUAAAUACAACUUUCCAGAAAUGUCGUGUAAUAUGUAAUAAAUGCAAUCUUUUUAACAUUA